AUGGCAGCCACUCGCCAACCCAAGAGGCCCGGACGACCGGGACGAAGCGUUUUGGAGGACGUGGACUCCCUCAGUCAGGCGGCCAGCUGCGGAUACAGCUUCGCGCCCACUCUGCGCUCGUCGUUCAGCAGCGACCUCAUGGCGGCAAGCAUGGACGGAGGCGCGAGCAGCGACGCCGCGUGCGCCCCAGAUCAGCCGUUGUUCCACAAGUUCUCGACGCACGAGAACAGCGACUGGGCCAAUGGCGGGGCGUGUUUCGAGAACGGGGGCGCCGGCAAAUGCACGCAGAACUGGUGGCAAAACGGUGCGCUUCCGGCGAUGGCUUUGGACGCCACCGAGGCCCUUUCACAGGAGUCUUACUUAUGA